AUGAAUAAAAAAAAUUCAAAUCAAACAAUAACUUCAACCACAACAACUUCAACAAUUUAUUCAAAUGAAUACAAUUAUAUUAACUAUGAUACUUUUUAUAAAGAUAUAGAAUCUAGAAUUAUUAAAAUGGAAACAUUUUAUAAUAUUUUAAAAAAAGAUUUUUUAUCAUUAAAUUUAAAAAAUAAUGAUAUUCCUUAUAAAAAAUCAAUUAAAAUAAUUCAAUCAAAUAAUAAUAAUUUAGAAAAUAAUAAAUUAAUUAAUAAUAAUAAUAAUAAUAAUAAUAAUAAUAAUAAUAAUAAUAAUAAUAAUAAUAAUAAUAAUAAUAAUAAUAAUAAUAAUAAUAAUAAUGUUGAUGAUAAUAAUUUUUUAUUUUUAUUACCAAAUGAAAUAAUAUCAAAUAUAUUAUCAAUUUUAGAAGUUAAAGAUAUUGUGGCGUUAUCCAUUGUAAAUAACCAUUUCUAUUACCUUAUUAAUAGUUAUAAUAAUUUAUGGAAGAACCUCUAUUAUAAAUAUUUCAAAAGUAAUUUUUUAAAUAUUAUUAAAAAUGAAAAAGGAAAUAAUAAAAAUAAUAAAGAUUCAAAUAAUAAUAAUAAUAAAAAUAAUAAUAAUUACUCCAAAUAUAAAAAUAAUUCAAUAGAUAUUAGUAAUACUACAGAUGAUAAUAGAAAUUCUUUUAGUAAUAAAAUUAUAAGAUCAAAGAAAAAACAACAACAACAACAACAACAAAUUCAAACUAAUAGUAAUAAUAAUAAUAUUCAAAAUUGGAAAAAUAAAUUUUUAAAUGAAUCAAGAAUUGAAAGUAAUUGGGAAAACAAUAGAUAUACAACCUAUACAAUCGAUACAAAUAUUGGUGGUGUAUUUUGUUUAUCACAAAAACAAUCAAUGUUAGUUACUGGUUCAUUUGAUAAUUCUUUAAAAGUUUGGAGAAUCAAUGAAACUAUAAAAUCAAAAUCACCAGAUUCAAUCAUCACCUCAAAUAAAGAUUGUAAUGAUUAUAAUAGAUCAAGAAUUAAUAUUGAACCAAUGUUAAAUAUUAAAGGUCAUGAAGGAUGGGUUUGGUCAACUCAUUUAAAACAUUCAAAGAAUUAUCAUAAAAUGAAAUGUAUAAGUUCAAGUCAAGAUGGUACAAUCUUAAUAACCGAUAUAAAUUAUAAUAAUUUCAUUGAUUAUAGUAAUAAAAAUAAAUUUAAAAGAAAUACAACAACAACCUCAAUUAAAACAUUUAAUAUGAAAUCAUUUAAAAAUUCAAAUCAAAUAAAUGGUAGUAAUAAUAAUAAUAAUAAUAAUAAUAAGAAUAAUAAUUAUAAACAAAUGUCAACUGAAAAUGUUGGUAAUAAUAAUAAUGAUAAUAUUAUUUUAGAUGGUACUUUUUUAAAAGGACAUAGAGGUACAGUUUGGACAACAUUACCAGAUAAAUCAAUGGAAAAUGUUUAUAGUGGUAGUAGUGAUUCAACAAUUAAAAGAUGGAAUAUUGAUAGAAUGGAAUAUGUUGGUGAUAUUGGUAAACAUAAUGAAUCUGUAUUAUGUUUAUCUGGUGUAACUUUUGAAAAUCCACAUUUAAUUGCAUCUGGUUCCUCUGAUCAUUCAAUUAAAUUAUGGGAUGUUAGAAUUCAACAUCAUAAUAAUCAAAAUCAUACUAGAAGUCAUUCUUCUCCUUCUUCCUCUUCUUCUUCUUCAUCAUCGUCAUCAUUAUCACCAUCAUUAGUAUUAUCAAUAAAUGAACAUGGUGUAAAUGUAAAUUGUUUAUCAUUAUAUAAUCAUUUUAUAAUAUCAGGUGGUGAAGAUGGAAUUAUAAGAGUAUCUGAUAUAAGAUAUGUUAUUACUUCACCAAGACCACAUGUAAUAGCUGAAAUAAGAGCACAUGAUAGUUCAAUCAGAGCAUUGGCAAUCAAAAGAAAUAGAAUGGUUACAACUUCAUCCGAUAUUAAAAUUUGGAAUACAAGAUCAUUACAAUUUCCAACUCAUACUUUAUUUGGUCAUAAAGGUUCAAUCGUAUCAAUGCAAUUAAAUAAUGGUAAUAUUAUAUCUGGUUCUUUAGAUUCAACUGUAAAAAUCUGGAAUUAUAAUUAA